UGUCGACGUCAUGGGUGACCGAACAAGCAAUCGUGAAGGCAAAGUCCGCUUGGAACCGGGAUUCAGUCAAGUGCACUGGAUGAUGCUGACUCAGAAAUCGAAAGACAUGACAGGCGGCCACGGCGUGCGGCGCAACAUUUCCCGCGAAGAAAUCGCUCAGCACAACACAGAGCACGAUUGCUGGACGAUCUUGGAUGGAAAGGUGUACAACUUGACUCCAUACCUUCGAUACCACCCUGGUGGCGUGGGGAAGCUCAUGUUGUCGGCGGGAGGGGAUUGCACGACUUUGUUCAACGAGAGCCAUGCAUGGGUCAACGGUCACGGCAUGCUCGAGAAAUGCUUCUUGGGGACGGUCGAGUCCACCCCGAGCACCGUCGCGUCGUCGGCAAAGGACUCGACGGUGGUGCUCAGCUCCGUGGAGUAUCGUUCGUUGCGACUUCUCUCUGUCCGAGAUGUAAGCGCCAUGACCAAACUAUUUCAGUUCGAGUUACCUCGCGGAAAGACCCUCGGCUUGACCCUGCCAGGCCAGCAUGUCAAAGUACGCGUCGCCAUACGUGGCACGUUCUACGAGCGGGCGUAUACUCCUAUUUCAGCCAUCCAUCAGAAGCACACGGUGGACAUUUUGAUCAAAAUCUACCCCGACGGCAUCGUGACAUCGCAUUUAGCGGCACUUCCCGUGGGCAGUUUAGUCGACAUGCUGGGGCCGCAGGGGUCGUUCGGGUACUCGGGCGUCGGCACGAUCUCGCUGUCUCCAUCCGUAGCCGCCCGUCCCGUGACGGACAUCGCCAUGGUGGCCGCCGGAAGCGGCAUCACGCCCAUGCUGACCCUGAUCAACGCCGUCAUGCGGGGCUCAGUGUUCGACACGACCAAGCUCACACUCAUCUACUGCAACCGGUCGCCGGCCCAUGUGAUUGCCAAGUCGACACUGGCGCCGCUGCACAACAUGUUUCCUGGGCGCUUCCGAUGGUUGAACGUCCUGUCGGUGGACAGGACGUCGUCGGUGGACGGCGGCGAGAAGAAGGAAGCGGACGACGAGGAUGUCAAGCCAUUCGUGGUGGGCAGUCGAUUGACCCGCGCCAUGCUCGAGGCGAACCUCCCGCCCCCAUCCGACCAAGUGUGUGUCGUGUUUUGCGGACCCCCGUCGUUUGACGAAUUUGUUGGCGUCGAACUGCGCGCGUUGGGAUACCCGUGGGUUCAUCAGUUUUAGCCUUUGAAUAAAACGAGCAGCAUGAGGGUAGUAGUACACCUUGUUGCAGUUAAGUUGGACGAAUGCUGC